CGUGUUUCAUUGUCAUUCACCGCGUUACAUUCCAUGCACCAGAUGCAGAGCGCACCUCACCUGAGGAGCUGAGGUGUGUGAAAUAUAGUCGGCUGGCCUUUGGGUGUUCAUCGUUUCAACGUGGAAUUAGCAAAGUCAUCUAGCCAGUUUCUUGAUUUCCAACCAGCUGCCACAUUGUGAAUCCUCAAACCAUGGCUUUAGUAGACCUCCUUGGAGAGACGGUGGCGAAGAAGGACAAGACGACAGUGGCCGUCAGCUCCUUCACCGGGGAGGGUAAGGUGGUGGGGUUGUACUUCUCUGCCCACUGGUGCCCGCCCUGUCGUGCCUUCACACCCAAGCUGGCGGAGUGGUACAGUAAGUUCAAGGAGUCGGCCAACGGUGCCAAUCUGGAGAUCGUCUUUGUCAGCUCCGACAAAGAUGAGGAUUCCUUCAAAGAGUACUUCAACGACAUGCCCUGGCUGGCCGUGGAAUACUCCAACCGAGACAAGAAGAAUGACCUAAGCAAGAAGUUCAGAGUGGCCGGCAUACCUACCCUCAUUCUUUUGGAUGGGGCCACUGGGCAGGUCAACGAGAGGGAUGGAAGAGGCACUGUCAUGGAGGAUCCAACAGGUGCCAAUUUCCCCUGGACGCCCAAACCAUUCGAAGAAAUAUUCAGUGGUAGCUUGAUCAACAACAAGGGUGAAACAAAGACAACCGACGACAUCAAGGGAAAGGUCCUGGGGUUGUACUUCUCAGCCCACUGGUGUGGUCCUUGCAGGGGCUUCACCCCCAACCUGACCAAGUCCUACAACAAGAUGGUGGAGGACGGCAAGAACCUGGAGAUUGUCUUCUGCUCCAGCGACCGGGACGAAGCCAGCUUCAAGGAGUACUUCAGUGAGAUGCCCUGGCUGGCCCUGCCCUUUGGCGACAAGCGCAAGAUGGCACUGUCCAAGAAGUUUGAUGUGCAAGGCAUUCCAACCUUGGUGUUUCUGGAUGAGAGUUGGAACCUGAUCACAACCAACGGGAGAGGGGCCGUCUCCAAGGACCCUGAUGGGGCAGAGUUUCCCUUCUAUCCUAAGGCGGUCAACACACUGUCUGGUGACUCAGCUAGCUCUAUCAAUGAAAACACGACGCUCAUCUGGUUUGCAGCCAAUAAGGAGGGGGCUGCCGCUUACAAGGACUUACUGCUGCCAUGUGCAGAGGAGAUCAUCAACGCUGCCAAAGCCAAGGGAGAGAUUUCACCCAUGGACUUCCUGGUGGCCUGCGAAGAUGAUGAUGAUGAUGACAUCAUGGACGGGCUGAUGGAGUUCUGUAAGCUGGAGGCCAGCCAGAUUCCUUUCCUCUGCAUCAUCGACAUACCCAGCCAGUCCAUCUACAAGAACUGUGACAAGAAGGAGUACACCACCGAUGAGCUCAAGGCACUCGUUGGCAACUACUUGUCCGGAAAGCUGGAGAAGCAAAAACUCCGCUAAUGAGGCUCAUCGGCUGUCCGUUCCAGCAUGAGACCAACUACUGCUUACGCUUCAGAAAAUAUUUACAUCAUGUAUCUUUAAAUGCACAUUCUUUUUUUAUCAGAGAAGAACUAUUGUGACUAAAAUCACUUGUACAUUUUUGACUUGAAUUUAGCUAGCUUUGGACGUGUUUAAAGUUGUCAGGGUUUCGUGAUCGUGUUUUCAUUUCUCCUCAGAAAGUUUUUAAAAAGGAAAUUCUGCCGUCUGGCAGUGGCACACCUACAGUUAUGUGUUAUAGCAUAACAGAACACAGUAUUUUACCACAGGGACCCAUGUUUACCAGCAUUUGGAAGUCGCUUUGAAGAGAGUGGAGUUUUUUGUAAAAUACCCUUCAAUUGCUCAAAGCAUCAACCCUCCCAAAGUUGAGUUUCAACAUGCUUUUAAAUGAAAAUGCCUUGCAGUUAUAGAACAGUAGAAUAGUUUAUUUUCUUAUUUGUAUAGCUUGCCCUGCAUUUUUUUUUGUUUUCAAUUUUUUUUGUUUCUGAUAUUGAAUGUGUACAAUUUCAAGCAUUGCAAUGUACUCUUUCUGCGGUGUGGUAACUAUGUAACAACUUUUAUUUUAUCGCUGUCACUCAUUUUUACAUGAUCUGCAGAAACGGAGGCUUAAUAUCUCUUAAUAUCCUCAUACAGACAAAUGCUGAAUGUAAUUGUAUAUCUUUUCUAUCAGGAAAAGUUCUUACUUGAUAGUUUUUUCUAUGGUCUUUCAGUGUGGCAAUACAUGUUUAUGUGUGACUGAAUACAAUGAUAUUGUGACCUCGUUGCCUGUGAAUUGUUGAAGUUGAGGUAUUGUGUGGGAUGCUUUGGAUCGUAAGUUCAAGCAGUGCCCUGGUUUUGAGCAGUGGUUUAGAGAUGGACAUUGCAGGGAACUGAGAUUGCCGUAGGAACGCUUCACUGGCACAACGUGCAGGGGUGGUAAUGCCAUAGCCUGCAAUGGCUGACAAUAUUGGUGGAUCUGCCUUUACUUUAUAAAUGCCUGUAUUUUUUCCAUCCUUGCGUUAAUGUAAGACUGUUGGAUUCAACACGUCCCUGCAUAACACUUUGUGCUGCAUUAUUGUAAAGAUUUGUGAUGCAUUAUCCUCGUGCUUAAUGCAUACUUUACCACUGAGUUUGCUGCACUGAUCAGUAGUUUGUCGGAUUUGAGUUUAUCACAGAUGUUAAGACCAGCUCAUGCGGGUUCAACAGUCAAGUCAACUCGUUGGCUAACUGUGUAACAUUGCAGGGUCUGUCUUUGAGAACAACAGUGGAAAAUAUUGUCGGUGGCUUGAAGGUGGAUUUGCUUGCCAAGUUCAACCGUUGUGUCGUCAUCGGCAAAAUCUCAACCGGACUGUGGCAACCAGUGCAAUUUUGGACUUUUUUCAGCCUUGCCAACAUGGGCAAGCCCAAUGGCUGAAUGGUCCAAACAUCUGUGCAAGUGCACAUUGCACAUGUUGGGGUCAAGGCAAAUAAGCCUUUUGCGAGUUAACUUUGACCCAAAUCUGGUACACCUAGUUCUUUAAUUCACGUGAACACAACAACU